GUUUUUAGUUUCAGUUGUAGUUCGAAAGCCGAAGCGGUCGCAUCGUUUUGUUGAAUGUUCUCGUGAAUAAAAAGCCCAAAUAUAUCGAAGGGACAAAAAAAAUCCCUCCAAGGAUACUUUUGAGUGGAUUAUUCCAUGCUGUGCUGAUUGGUGUGUGUGUGAAGUCCUGUUUCUCCUGUAGCACUUUUCUGUGGAUUAUUUGUGCGUUGUUGAAAGAGCGUUUGCGUCCCAAGGAAGGUGCCAUCGCUGGGUGUCAGGUGAUUAAUUUACGCACGUGAUUGUUUUUGUGGGAAGACAUCCGGAGAAUGGGCGAAACUGAGGAGAAGGAAAAUGGGCCGAAUGAGGCACAAGAAGGUGAGGAGCCCAAAGAGACUGAUAAGAUGCUCAAUAAGGAUGAUGGUGGUGCCAAAAAGAGCGAUGAUACAUCUCCCGAGGCCAUUGCCACUGAAUCAGCCGAAACGGCUGUAAAUUCACCGGAAAAUGGGGAGGAGAUUGUCAAGAUAGCCGAAGAGCCAAAGACAGAACAGACAAAGGAGACGGUUCCGGUGACUGCAGAAGGGCGAGAGGUGAAGCCCAAGAAGAUACCAAUUGGUGGCAUCAAAAUGCCUGGGUUCUUCACUCGUGGCGGUAAGGGUCAGGUGACCAAGAAUGAGGGUGAUGGAGCCGAUGGUGAAUUGCUGGAGACGAAAGAGAAGGACAAACCCACCGAAGAUAACAUUAACAAUGAGAAUAGGGCAAGAUUGAAUUUCUUCAAUAAUUUGCGCAUUCGGAAUCCAUUCAAGCGACAAGCUGAUCAACAGAAACUUGCAACAGAGAACGGAAAUGCCGAUCAAAAGCCAGAAGAGGAAAAAGUUACAGUUGAGGAGGAAGGUGCAAAGGAACAAGAACCUGCAGACCAGUCGCAAAAGAGACGAAUACUCAAUGCCAUUAGAUUGCCACAGAUUAGCAACAUUCUGCCGAAGCGUCUGAGAUCAAGUGGGGCAAAUGAUGAUGUGGAAUUGGGCAAUGGGCCUCACAAUAAGGCAGGAUUGGCCUCAAUGGAGACCCUAGAUGACUCAACAAAAGACCCCGAGUCCAAAGACACCACAGAUCGUGCCGCUGUCUCGAAGCCAGCCGAAGAGGAUCUCGAGACUGUUAAGUUAGAUAGCAAAGAUGAGAAACCUCAAGACAAGGCCGAAGAAGCUGGAGCCGCAGAUAAACCCAAACCUUGGCUGGAGAGAAUACGAUCAUAUCACUGUUCAAUUGACGACAUAGCAAUAGUUGCUGGAAUUUUGGUCUUUCUCCUGUUGGUGGGCAUUAUCUGUGCAUUUACAUUCACCGGCAAGACAGAACUCACCUCAGCUCCCAUCAAGGAUGGUCGCUACGUGGAAGCUGUGACUUCCUGUGGCCCCGUAGAGGGACUCUAUGACGACGGAGCAUUUGCUUUCCGAGGCAUUCCAUACGCUGUUCCACCUGUAGAUGAGAAUCGCUGGACACCCUCGAGGCCCAUCGACAACAUCGAUCACUGCUGGAAUGGCACGUUCAGGGCGCACAAUUCUACUCCCGUCUGCCUCCAACUCACGGCUAAUGGCACAGUCGAUGGAGUGGAAGAUUGCCUCACGCUCGACGUGAUGACCCCUCAUGUGCGCUAUGACAAUCCACUUCCCGUCGUGGUGCUCAUUGGAGCCGAAUCACUCUCAGGUGACUCUCCCGGAAAGAUGCGUCCAUCGAAGAGAUAUGCUCGAGCUCGUGAUGUAAUCUUCGUCAGGCCCAAUUUCCGCGUUGGAAUCUUUGGCUUCCUGACCCUUGAUGCUCUAUCUAGGUCUACCCAUCCCCCUAGAUCUGGAAACUAUGGUCUCUCAGAUAUCAUUACAGCUCUGAGGUGGAUUAAUCUGAACAUUGUGAACUUUGGUGGGGACCCGAAGUCUGUUACACUCUUUGGGCAUCGUGCUGGAGCUACUUUGGUGUCAGCCGUGGUGGCUUCGCCUCAAGCUAAGGAUCUAUUUCAUCGUGCCUGGAUCACCUCUGGGUCAGCAAUCUUCCCCGGGAAGACACUACAGGAGUACGAGAAGGAGAAUCAGGCUUUUGCUGAGGCUGUUAAUUGCCGGGAUGCUGAAUGCUUGAGAGGGGUACCUGGAAGUGCUUUGCUAGAUGCAGUUCCGGAUACCUGGCGUCGUGCAUCACUGGAUCUGCCCUCGAGGACGGAAAAUACGUCGACACGGCAUGAGUAUUUGGCUCUGGAUGGGGAGAUUUUGCAGGAACAUGCCAUUGAUGUGUGGAAGAGGGAAUUGGGACCACUGAAGAUGGUUAUUGGAGCAACAGCCCAUGAGGCGCAUUCGGAGAAACUGUGGCUGAAGCACAAAGAGUGGACACCGGAAUUGGUGAGAAGGCAUGUCGAUGACAGUCUGAUUGGGCAGAGGGGCUUGACGGAUGAGGCCCUCAAGCGAUAUGGGGAAACUUAUCAGGGAUUGGUGGCCAUGAUCUCAGACAUCCGGACAGUCUGUCCGUUGCUCACUGUGGCCAGAUCUCUGACAUCUGUCCCAUUCUAUGUGGUCACCCAAGUGGCUGAACCCAUAAAUGUGGCAGAUGCUGAUGCUGAUGUCCAGGCCAUCUUUGGACGCUACGAACCUCAUACACCGGAACAGAGGCGAUAUGUUUCGGCCAUUCAGCAACUCUUCUAUCACUACGUGUCUCAUGGAGAGAUGAAACAGUACGAAUCCCGUCGGCCAGUCUUUCUCAUUGGCCAGGAUGCCCUUCCGGCCGAAGAUUAUCCCAAUUGUGAUUUCUGGAUUGAGAAAGAUGUCGUUCCGCGAUACGGAAGAGUCGACUAAAACCCACCGGUGAGUCAAGCAGAAAUUCAGAGUUCAAUUUUUUCUCUAGUAAUGUCUUUUUUAUAAAAAAGAACAUUUUCCCUACAAAUCCCUUUUUUUACAAAAGCAAAAAAACAACAAAAA